CGUGAAAUUUCUUGUGAACGCGUUAACCGACAACUGCACGAGGUCAUGAACGAGCUAUACUCACAGAAUAAGCGGCGACGCCAGGCCAAGGAACAGCAGCAGAAUCUACAGCAACAGAAUGAGAACAACGAGGACGAUAUUUGGAGCAGUCAGUUCUCGGUUCCGGCAUCGCAAGCCCCCAGCCAGCGGCGGUAUCUUUCCCAGCGCAGUAAUCUCCAGCGAUCGCAGUCCGUAAAGACGGGCCUCCGGGCACCGGUUAACUACUACGAGAGUGUGCUGUUUAUGGCCGGCCUUAGCCUUGACGAGCCGGGCGGUGUCGUGGUGCUGAAGUGUGAACCGAUCGUUUUCAUGCACAAGCUGAAGAACGUUCUGCGCACCAACACCGACUAUCCUGCCAACGUCGAUCGCUUCCUGGCCGGCAUCAAGUUGACCAUGAACGAUCGGACAAACUUCUUGAAGCUUCUCGAGUGUUGCCAAGUACAGCCAACGCCGCCACCGACGACGGCGACCGCAGCACCGGUGACUCAAAUGGCAUCCGGCGAGGUAGCCCGUAAACCGGUACAGGAAAGUUUAAUGAAGAUGUUCCUGCUGGUAGACUUUCUGCAGCUAAAGCUGAUUGAGCUGCUGUUCGCGUACCUUCGCGAGGAGCUGGACAAAGCCGCCUCGUCGGGAUCGAGCCAAGACUCGAUCGUAGGGUUUGUACUAUCGCAGCUCAAGUUCAUCGAUCAUGUCCAAAACGGAGAUCUGGUGUUUGAGAAGGUGUUCGAGUUGCUGGCGAAAGCAAACCGGAACGACGUGGUGUUUGAUGAGAUCAUCUUCAGUAUGGAGGACGUGAUCGACGUAUCGAAGCAUGAUGACGCGCUCAAACGGCUGCUGAAACUACGACCCAAACCAGAGGACCUCAUUACACCCACCACGGUCGAAGUGUUUACGGGCAUGUGCCUGAGUGUGGAAACACUGGAAUUGCUACGCCGCAAAGUUAUCCAGUACGCAUCCGAUGGAUGCCCGCUGCGUUACUAUCCUUCGCUGGCAAAGAUGCUGUUAAAGUUCAAUCGCAACGAACCACAGGAAAAUCUGCACGCGAUCGUGCGCGAGGUCCGUAAGUUGCUCGAUACGGGCUCCAAUCCGGAUGCGUGGGCUACGGGAAGCGGUCCGGCGGAAGAUGCCGCUGAGCAGAUUCUACGUACCAUCUACCAGGGCAUGAUGGCAUCGGCAACACUGUUUGACUGUUGGAUAGCCUCGAUCAAGCAGCUACCAGCGGCUGAAGAUCAUCUACCGAUCGAUCUGCUGCUGCUUACGAUGGCCACCACCAUCAACGAGGUAAAGGCACCGCGCAUUCGCAAACUCACGAUCAAGAAGAUAUCGCAACAGUUCUUCACCGAUGGCCAUAUGGAUCAGCUGGUCAGUGGGUGCUUCCGGCGUGUGCUGCAGAACCAUCUCGAUAGCUUUCUGCAGCUGAUUGAGGGUUGUACCCGCGAGAAGGCGGAACUCGUUUCUGGCUUCGGUGUGGCCUCACUGAGUGCACUCUUCGCGCUGGACCAAUCGAUCGUCACGACGGAUAACCGGGUAGUGCUGAGUAAAAUCGUUGGUUUUAUCUGCGAAAUGGCUUCAGCGAAUGUGGUGAGCCGAAAUGAUUUCCUGAUUGGCCGCUGCAUCACCGCACUUCGCAAACUGCAUGAAUCUCACCCGAGAGAGAUCGAACGGAGUGCGGAGCUGCUGCUGAAGAUACUGGACAUAGCACCGGAACUGUCCCUCCGCCAGUACCGCCCUCUCAUCGGUGUCAUCUACGCUGCUGCCAUUCCGAAACAAACGACGAGUGGAAAUGGUGCUGAUGAGGCCGCAAACGGCAAUGAAUCGAUCCGCGACAAUCUGGAGAUCAUUGUGAAGAAGCAGUUACUGUGCGAUUGCAAGGACACAAAAAAGAAAGGCAUCGUGGGGUUGGUGCAGAUGGUUUACCAUCUAUCGCUGACUCCCGGUGCGGACGAAACCGAGCUAAGCUCGAGCUUCGAUUCCGAGCGAACGAUCGGUACGAUAAGCGAGAUACCGAGUGCCGUGGGGCGCACGAUGGCCAAUCUGAUCAGUACGCUUUUCCUAUCGACGAAUCAAUCGGCCGAUCUGUUAGCCAUAUGCUACGACGAGCUGGCUACAAUGUUCGCUCAACCACGGCCCAAGACGGCCCCGGGAUGGGAGAAAACGUUCAUCAUGUGGCUGUGCGAUAUGGUGACGAUGGACUUUCAGCUUCAGUUUUUGGUCGAUGAAGACGCUACGCUGAUUACACGGGGUGAGGAUGAUAAGGCGAUCCGCUUGACACGUCAGCUCUGCAUCAACCAGGUGGGCGAGGAAAACGCAAACGUCGAGGCGCAAUCGAUCGCGGUGAAUGUGGCCGGUGUAGUGCUCGCACACCAGAGUCGUCACACGGUUAGCACCUUUUUGGCGCCCAUUUUUCGCCUGAUGCGGACACUGCAUGCCGUGCGUUACGAUGGGUCGCUCGAGUCGAUCAAUGCGCUGCUCGGUUGUGCGAUCGUUGUGCCUGCCUUUUAUGGGGACAUCGGAGAAGAGGAACGACGCUUUUCGAUCGAUGCGUACGAUGAAACGCUCUGCACGCAGCUGCUCGAUGUGUACUUCUGCCUGGGGAACUGGUUCCGCGAGUGUAUCGGUGCUUUCGUUGGCCAGCAGCAGGAAGCCAUGAUACGCCGAAAGGUAAUUGCGAGAUUGCAAGAGCUCGUGAAGCUGGAGCAUCAUCUGGGCCGAAUGCUGGAACGGAUGUCCACCGAGUGCGAAUAUGUACCACCGUUGGCAGCGGAUCAUAUGGAGGGUGUAGCGGCCUCAACGGCGUCGUCGACCUCGAAAAAGGCUAAGCCCACCGGUGAACCAACGGUCCGUCGGAAGAAAGCAUCCACUAAUCACGACAGAACCAUCAAUCUGGACGCUACGCUGAGCUCACAAGUGACCACCGGUGGUGUGGCGACCGCUAGCGCAGCAGGAACGGUGGGACACUUUAACGAGCAGAGCCUCUUGGUACGCUUCGGUUACGCCCUACGUCGUAUCGAUCCGGAGCUGGUGGAGCUGUUUGAAAUUCCGCUCCGUCCGGUCCGUGUGCUGGAACCUGCCGAUCAGCAAAGUGGUUCCUGUAUCGCACUGCCCGAGUAUCGUUGUAUGCUGGCUAACGUAACGCUCGCACUGGAACAACCGGAUACCGAGGUAACGUUCCAGCGGCGCAUGAUCGACCGCUGGACGGAGUUUGCCGAGCGUACGGCUAUGUUGAUGAGUGGAUUGCGUGACAGCACCGAGAGGCUUCAACCGGCCCCAGCACAGGAAUUGCUGCCCCUGAAAUCGUGCUACCUAUGGAGCAUCAGGCUGGCCACGGCACUGUUCACCUGGAAGCGGUUCCGUGAGCCACGUGGUCGACCGGAACUGGAACGAGUGCUGCGAGUGCUAGCCGAGAAGAUGACGGCAGGUCCGGCCAACAGUGACCACCAUCUGGCCGAUGUUGCCAAGCUACUGCUGAAAGAGCUGAUCGUACGUGAGGCCUGCUUCGGUGAUCUUUCGAUUGCCGCACAGCUGUACCAUCUUGGGCAAGCCAUUGGCGAGAAUAUCGGAGAGCGGAACGUGGUAUCGCGAGCGAUAGCCAAAUUUACGCGCAGUGUCCUGACGGCACCCGAAUUCCAGCGAAGUUCCAGCGCAGAAGGUAAAUCAGCUAAUCAGCACUUUGUCACGCUGCUGGAUGGAUUGAUCGGUACGAUCGGUAUGAAAUCGUUGAAGCAGCUGAUCGUCGAGAUGGGCCAAGAUUUGAGAAUCAUGGCGCGAGGAUCGGCUAAGAGCAAAUCCAAAGGACAGGCUACUAUCGCUGCUGCGGAACACCCGAUUGAUGAUGAUGCCGUACGGACGUUUGUCUCCUUUAAACGACCACACUACGCACUACUGUUCAAGGGUCUUUGUCGGGCGUUUAUACGGUUGCUGCAGGAUGAGAUACGUAUCCGGAGUGGUGGCAGCAGUGGAACGCAUGCACGCCGGCUCGAACUUUGGGAGGCCGCCUGCGAGGCGACCGGUGAGCUAACGAACAUCGUGCGUCGUGCACAGCACCCCGCCAACUUUGGCGUAUUUCUACGCUUCGCCCAGAUUUUCAUCAAGCUGUUCCUAAAGAGUGGCCUUCCGGUGCUGGAGGUGAUCUUGCGUAGCUCCGCAGAGCGGGCCUCUAAUCUGCUGUCAACGUUACAGAACACCACGCGCUACCUGCACAGUGUUUGCUGCCAGGCAAAGGUAGGCAGGGGAGUGAACGGUGCGGCCGUCUCCCAGAUUCCGUACGUUCGCGAGUGCGUCGAAACGCUCGUGUACCGUGUGAAGGCGGCCCUCGUAGCGAAUCGCUGUUCGUCCGUAUUCUGGAUGGGGAAUCUGAAAAACAAAGACACACACGGUGAGCUGAUCUUAUCGCAAUCCGUACACGAUGAUGACGAUGAUGAGGAAGAUGGAGAUGCAGUGGGGGAAGAUGGACAGGAACCGGAUAAUGGAGAUUCGGAUAUUGCGGACAAUCUGAGUGAAGGAGAAGAGCAAACGGGCGCUGUCGCUACUACAUCGAAAGCUACUCGUCCUCCAGGACGAUCAUCAACGGGCUCGAUCGCAUCGUUGACCAAAUCAUCACAAAGCAAGUGCUUCUAGCGACGGUACUUCUAUCCAAGCGAAAGGAGUUACCCUCGGGAAUGGUUUUUGGGCAAAAUAAAGUUCAUUCC